AUGCAGUCUGACGUCUCAGUUUUGGCUUGCACAUCCCAAAACAGACCACACUUUAUACGAGGUCUUAAAAAGGAGUCUGGAGUUUUAGACGGACCAACUGAUUUAAAGAAUGUCUUCCUCUCCCAACUCAAUUCAAAGUCGAGCAGUUUCCACCACUCAUUCUCCUACGUGCAAUCAGAACCUCAAAAAGUCCCUCUUGAUAGUGUGGAUACCUUAUUGCGUACCAAAUCCUACGAUGAACUUCCCUCCAAUUCAGACAAUGAUCUCAAUGAACUCCUUCAAUUUGUGAGUGAACGCUCUACAUUUUCUGACGAAAAGCCUCCGGUUGACUCAUCAAAUUCCUUCUGGUUAUCGAAUCCAUCUCCUCCAAUUCCUUUAAUAAAAGAUGAAGAACCGACUAAACCUACUAAGCUUCCUGCUGUUGAUCAGAUUAUGAAAUUCCAUUCAAGGGAACCUCCUUCCAUGGAGAAUCAUCUUUAUCCAAUGCCACAGAGCUCAACAAUGGAUAAGUUGCCCUCUUUUUUUGAGCAAAUAAACUUCGGAUCUCCGGUGAUUACAACUGUUCAAUCGGUUAUGUCAACUCAAAGUCCUGAAGUUUCACCUUCCCUUAGUUGUAAACCACUUCAGUCAACGCAGUUAUUUCAAAGCAAAAGCGAAGAAACAUCAACUCAGUCAACUGUCCAGUAUUGCUCACCUCAAACAUGGAAUUGGCGCUCUGGAAAGGAGACAGACGCGACUUCCCAAAAACCUCAACCUCGUUUCAUUCUGCCCAACACUUCUCGGCCUGUUUCAACAACGACUACUACUGAUGCACCCUCUUCUAAACCAACUGUCCUUGUUCCCAUCAAUAACCAAUCAAAUGUCGGGUGUACGAAUUGUGGUGGAUCACUUCUUCUACUCCCGUUGGCUGUUGCGGCGGCUCUUCAACAGCAGAAGCAGCAGACCAACACGGUGUUAGCUCAAAUUCCAACGGGGACUACUCAAUUCCUACUUAUUCGUACAAAUCCUCCUACCUCAGUUGAGACAUCGAAAGCCAUUACUACUCACACAAGCGCAGUUGGAGUUAUAACUCCGGCUAAAGGUAAUCGAGGGGUCGUAAAUAUUCGUCUAUGUAUUUGCAUCUUUGUGUUUUUAUUAUUUGAUUUUGGGAGGUUGUUACUACCCAUAUUUAUUUGA